UCAAUGAAGCUGGGAUUAUUUUGAUAACGCGUUUAAAAGUAAACAAACGUGUUCUCAUUGAUUAUUAUUCCAUAUCUUUUUUCAUGAAAGAAAUAAAGUAAUUCCAGCAAUCAAAAAAUAACCAAAGUGCAUAAAAACUGCUGCGAGUCCAGCCACAGAAUUUCCACACCGACGAAAGACAUUUCAUAAACUCAACAUGCCUUUUAUGAAAGGUCCGGCACCGGUCCGCAGAUCGAUACAAUACCUGAAUGCAGGCCGUUUGGCACUGAAGGAGAAAAUUAAAAUCUUCAGCGUCAAUUACAACACCUACGGGGAUCAUCACGAGGGUGCCAGGGACUUCGUGUUCUGGAACAUAUCCCAGAUUCAGUACAAGAAUCCGAAUGUGCAGGUGAUCACAUUCAAGAACAUGACUCCCUCGCCGUUCAUCAGGUGUUAUUAUGAGGAUGGUAAACAAAUGUUGAUUGAUAUCGAUAGCAAAAAUCGCAACGAAAUAAUGCAGCAUUUAAUAAAAGUUGUGGGCAAAUCUUUAGAAACUCUCAAGGCGGAAGAGAAGCUUGCCAAGAAACAAGAUAAUCCUGCCAACUUCGGCGUUGGCUGUGCUAAGCAUUGUAUUUGUGAGAUUCCUGGCCAACUCCCCUGUCCCGGUGUAGUUCCCGUACCUAAACAUAUGCGUGGAAAAUAUCAGCGUCAGCUGAGAGAAUAGAAAGUAAGAAACAUGAUACUUUUUCGUCAAUUGAUUACCUUUAUUACGGACAUACAUUAUUGCUUACAUUUUUGUCCAAAAAUAAAUUAGGUAGACAUAGUUUACAGCAAAUAAAUUAAACUAGAAUAAUAA